GUGCAUUCGCGAGAAUAACGAGGACGCGCAUCUGGCAGCCACACACACAGGCAGAUAUCUCCGUAUAGUCGCUGCUCACACUGAAGGGAGACGAAGCGGUGCACAGGUAAAAUGGAGAAAGUGUUAGGGCUCGCCGUGGUAUCCAGUAUUUUAUGUGUCGGCUCGGUUUUUGGAAAAUACGUCAGGGGUAUCGUGAAUACAAAAGAGGACUGGGUGUUUUUAACAAGGUUUUGCUUUUUAACUGAUUUCGGCCGAUUGGACUUUAGGUUCCGAUACCCCAAGUCCCGCUGCUGUCAGAACAUAUUGCUCUACUUUGAUGAAAGCUCUCAGUGGCCAGCUGUGUACAAGAGUACAGACAAGGACUGUUAUCAAAAAGAAUCCGUAUUGCGGCCUGAAAAUAACCAGGUCAUCAACCUGACCACCAGCUACACCUGGUCUGGCUGUGUGGUUGAAAGAGAGGGUAAUGAAGACAUGCUGAGUUGUGUAGGAGGUCGAAGUUUUCGUUCUGUAAGAGAGAGAUGGUGGUACAUUGCACUCAGCAAGUGCGGGGGAGAUGGGCUGCAGUUGGAAUAUGAAAUGACAUUAACCAAUGGACAGUCGUUUUGGACACAGCAUUUCUCUGCGGAUGAGUUUGGCAUCCUGGAGACCGACAUCACAUUCCUGGUUAUAUUUGCUGCUGUGUUUACACUGUCUUGUUACUUUGCUUAUAAUUUAAAGGGAAGACAGCUGCUCCAUACAACCUAUAAGAUGUUUAUGACUGCGGCUGGAGUCGAGGUGUUGAGCCUGCUCUUCUUUUGCAUUUACUGGGGCCUUUAUGCCAGAGACGGUGUUGGGAAUGGCAGUCUGAAGAUAUUAGGGAAAUUACUCUUCUCUGUAAGCUUCCUGAUUUUUCUGCUUAUGCUGAUUCUCUUGGGAAAGGGAUUUACAGUUACCAGGGCAAGAAUAAGCCACAGUGGAUCUGUAAAACUAUCCAUUUACAUGACAGUGUACACCAUCACCUACAUCAUUCUCUUUAUUUACGAAGCAGAGUUCUUUGAUCCAGGCGAGGUGCUUUACGCUUAUGACAGCCCUGCAGGGUAUGGUCUAAUGGGUCUGCAGCUUCUCGCAUACGUAUGGUUUUGCUAUGCUGUGUUGGUGUCCCUCAAACACUACCCUGAAAAACAACCUUUCUACAUCCCAUUCUUCACUGCGUACACUCUGUGGUUUUUCGCUGUACCUGUCAUGGCUCUGAUUGCCAACUUUGGCAUCUCUCGCUGGGCCAGGGAAAAGAUUGUGAAUGGCAUCCAACUUGGCAUUCAUCUCUAUGCUCAUGUUGUCUUUCUGGCCAUUACACGUCCAUCAGCAGCCAAUAAGAACUUCCCUUACCACGUACGGACGUCUCAGAUAGGGAUCCUUCUGUCCAGUCCUAAAGCCAUGGGGGCAGAGAGCUUCCCGCACCAUGCCUAUGGGAACAGCUCCUUCCUGGGAGAUUCUCAGCCAAACUUCACAGAGCUCUUUUCCAUUCAUUCAGACCCUGUUAAGACGAUAGAUGAGUCUGUGACCCGGAAGGGACAGGAAGUGCCAAGGAACAGUGAGCAAAAGAUCAUCACAACAACAGCAGACCUGUCGUCCACAUUUACCGCUCUUCCUCCUCCCAUACCGCCACGUAGCUCCGCCCACUCCCCCCCUCCGCCUCGGUUAACGUCACACUUCACUGAGUAUUUUAGUAUGCAAGGGGGUACAAAGAUGGGAUUCAAUGCCUAGAGGAGGCUGUAGGGGAAUGGGCAAAUAGAGAAGGGACACAUCUUAUAGGUGGAAAAGUGUUAAAUAUUUCAAUAGAUUAGGUUAAGGCAAGCGUGAAAAUGUGAAGCCAUUUUCAAAAAGUUACCAAAACUUCUGUACCUUCGAAUUUGUGAAGAGAAACGUGAGCUGCUUAAAUGAAUAGACAGGGAGAUAGAGAGGGCAGGAACCCGCUCACUCACCGCCUAAAAAAUAAGAAGCAAUAAAUAUUUCAGCGAGAGUCCAGAGAGUCAUUGGAGAGACCGAGAUAUAGGCAUUGCAAUAGAGUGACAGUAGACAAUGGUGAAUCUAGAGUAUAGUUAUUUAAAGCUUAAUGUGAAUAGGAUAGCGAUGUGUACAGUAACAGUACAGUACAAUGAACUCGUCACAUAUUUUUAAUGCUUCAUUCAUUUCAAGUGGUGCCGUUAAUGUGUUAAUUUACAUUACAUACUAAAAAACAAGUCCUUACCUGAUAGUGACACAUUUUUUAUGUUUUUUCAGAAUUUAUUUACACAUUUUGUCUGUAAAGUUCAAAUACUUAUGAUGAUUUAUAUUUUUAUUCACAUUGAAUAUAGUAAGAUACUUUGCAAACAUAUUAAACUACAAGUUAACUGUGGACAACUAGGCAGUAUUUGUAUACCAUGCAUGUGUGUGCUUUAUCUACAGCAUCUUCUGAUAUAUUUCAUGUAAUUUCAGAAAUGGCAUUCUCAACGGUGUAUGUCUUUUUUUGUAAAACAUGAGCAAAUAGAUUGGUAUGCAGUAUUAACCAUAAGUAAGCAAUUUGUUGGUUGAUACAAAAUGUGUUAACACUGUAGCCCUUUUACAAAUCAAAUACAGCAUCCACUGAGAUUCUUGAAUUGGGUACAUUCUCUAAGGAGUACAGGAAUUUACAUGCAGCACUUAAAUUGGUUUCAAGGCUUCAAAAACAAACAUGUAAACUCGACUGAUCUAUUCACAGUAUGAGUUUACUGAGUUUAGAUACGUUUGUUACACAUUUUAACACAAAAUAACAGUAAAAUAGUUAUUUUCAGUGGACGUGGAGCAAUGACUUUUAUUCUAUCAGUGAGUAGAAAUAAAUGUCAGGUAGAUUAAUUUAGUCCACAUGGGGUUGUUGUAAGGUACUCAAGUGUCCUAUGAUAAUAUAACCACUCUUACAGAUACAUUUUGUAUUAACUGCAUGGAGCACUUUACUGUUUGUACUUAUGUCAUGACCAUUAGUGACCCAUGCAAAUGCAGCCAUAAUGCAAUACAGUGAAUUGCCCACUGUUUGUAAUGUACAGAUAAGGUGUGUCAAAUGUUUUAUCUGUCAAAUCCCGAUUACCACUAUUGUAUUUAUUUUCGUUAUGCAUUUUAGUAUAUACUACAGAGAGUCCAUCUGGAAAUAACCUGCUUUAAAUACAACAUUAUGUUAUGUACAUAAUGGCAGAUUUAAAUUUGUUUAAAAGGUAGAACCAUACUUGAAGAUUCAUUAAAUAUUUAUUUUAAACCAUUGCCCUUUUAUACAUGCUAAACCUGGGCUAACUGGAAGCCGCAAGAAAGCAGGUGACAUUAAGAGGCUUUGGCAUGAUUUUUUAUCUAUUGAGUGAGUGUGCACACAAAGCAGAGAGAGAGCACACCUUUUGAAUGUAUAGCACAGCACAUGGAAAGCACAGAGAGAGCAAGUUAAGCACAUUUCUGUUGCACUGUUCAUACUGAAUGAAAUGCAUUUCAUGAAGUGUCAAAUGCCUUGGCAGUACAUACUCUUUUGCCAAAUUAAAAUGUUCUGUUUUACUAUAAUUGCAUAUUUGUCUGUUUUGUUUUCCAAUUAAAU